CUCAUUCAUUGACGUCGAUCGUGUGUUACCAGUUGGCGACUUUAAGAAGUUGACAUUACCUCUUGUACUGUUUGGAUUGCUCGACCAAACGAAUCGCUAUUGCAUUGUACAGCACCAGUAUAGAAGGCAACAACCAAAGCAGCAUGAGUCCCAAGGAAGAGGAAAAGCAAGAAGAGCCUGUGGAUGCCCCUGCAGUGACGGAGCAACAGCGAAAGACAGACGACGACUACAUGGAAACGGUGGAUGUCGAAAACGGCGAAGACGAGAUGGAAGACGAAAUCGAUACGAAAAAGGUUCACAUGAGGGUUUCUCCGGACGCACCCUGGAAGGAACGCAUGUGGGAAGUCUUUACUACCUUUUGGCCAUUGGGAUUGAUCGCUUUCGGGGGACCCCAGGCGCACGUGGCGAUUCUUCGUGAUCAUUUAGUUGAACAGCGCGAUUGGUUGGACGAAGAAGCCUUUACGGAACUCUUCGCAAUUGGACAGGGUCUACCAGGUCCAACCUCCACGCAACUCGUUAUUUCGACAGCACUCAGUCGAGCAGGACCUCUGGGCGGCCUCCUGGCAUUCUUCCUCUGGAAUUUGCCCGGAUUGAUUAUUUUGACUUUGUGCGGAGCCUUGAUUGAUGCAUUUGUCGAUCCUAAUUCUCCACCCUGGUAUUUGAUAGGUCUACCGCCCGCCGCGAUCUCCCUAGUCUUCAAGGCCUUUUAUGGCUUUGCCAUUAAACUCGAUUCGCUAGGUAUCAUCCUGGCACUUUGUAGUUGUCUCGUGGCUAUUGUGCUCAACAAUGACGACGACAUUGAUCCGGCCAGUUCGCAGUGGGUCUUUCCCACGACAUUGGCUUUAGGAGGUCUCGUUACCUACCUCGAUUCCAAGCGAGAAAAACCCUUUGCUACGUACGCCAGUCCUGGUAAAGGAUGGGACAAGGAUUCCGACGAAACUAUGAAACGCAUUGGCAUUCCGCUAUGGGUUGGUGCCUUGAUCUUUCUUUUAUGGUUGGGCAUUUUGAUCCUCGUUAUUAUUCUCGUGGAUGUGGCCGAAGUCGACAAUGUCUAUCUCAAGAUAUUCGAAACCAUGUACCGUAUCGGUUCUAUCAUUUUUGGUGGAGGCCAAGUCGUCUUGCCUAUGCUUCAGGAUGAAGUUGUCCCGGGAUGGAUGACCAAGGAUCAAUUCUUGCAAGGUCUCGGACUCGCGCAAUCCAUGCCUGGUCCGCUAUUCAACUUUUCAGCCUACCUCGGCGCCGUCUACAAGGGCGUUCCUGGAGCAUUGGUUGCCUACGUUGGCUUAUUUGGACCAGGAGUGAUUCUUAUUUUUGGAAUGGUUCCGUUCUGGGCCCGUCUCCGUCACAACGACACGUUCAAGGCAGUUUUGAAAGGAGUCAACGCAACGGCCAUUGGUUUGGUCGGUGCCGCCUGCGUGACGCUUUGGGAGUCGGCCAUUUCAGGUGCUGCCGAUGCCAUGGUCUUCUCGAUCGCGCUCACGAUGGCGGUCGCCUUUAGUAUUCAAGCCCCCUUUUGUAUAUUGGCUGGCGGUAUCAUUGGUGCCAUCAUGCAUCCUGAUGCCCUCGAUUUGGGGCAACAGCCGUACUGCGUCGAUCAGGGAUUUGCGUUUCCGGCGGAAUUGUAGUAGCAGAUUCCGAAAAAGUUGGAACCAAUGUCCGGAACGUGCACAUUUUAGGUUACAGAGGGCCAGCCGUGUACAUCUCUCCGUUCGAUUAUUUCAACACGUUGAUAAUGUACCAUUGCACGAAGCGUCUACCAUACGGUUCAUAUAUGUGUUCUUUAAAGUUAGGCAAUAAACGAAUAGACUCGUCUUGGUUGUUG